AAAAAAAGGGCACCCAUGGAUUGCCUGGUGUCAGACAGCUUGAAUUGGUUCCUCGCCUACAAUAUUCGUAUACUUCGCGUCGUCGUCCAGUUCGAAGAGUUGCACCAUGACUUCUGCCCACGUCCUCGCCGGCCUUCUGGUAGCUGCGGCCUUGACCACUGCUGCAGCAUCUUCGCCCACUUCCUGCAUCAACGUUACCAUCAGCGAUAUUCUGGACAUCGGCACUUGCAUCGGCAAUUCCACGAACUACUGUGGCAGUACGUCGACCAGUGCCACGACUCAAGGAAUCAGCAAGAUUACCAAUUGCCUCAUUCAAGGAAUCGUAAGGUAUGGCUCUCCUGAAGGCAUCAUCAACGCACUGGCCCCUCUGCUACUUAUUACCAUCAACCGUGACAUACCCACCGGCAUCAACAUUCCCAUGUUGGGCAACAUGAGCCUGUGCAACUCGAGCGGCUGCCUGAGCUUCUUCAUCAGGAACGACUCCUGCGACGGCUCCAUCAACAUCGGUCUCCCUUCGAUGGGCAACAUCAGCUCGUGCGUCGGAGACACGGCCCAGAUGUGCACCGCUGGAUCCCCGACCACUACUAACAUGGUCCAAUCGACGGUGCAAGCCAUUGUUUGCAUCCUGACUCAGCUGCCCGCCAACCAGUUCCUCACGGUGAUCAGAAGCACCACGUGCAACUUGAUCAAGGCGGUCAACUCGGCCGUCCAGGGCAACUCAAUGCUUCAGCUGGCAUUUAUGGGCUUCAGCGCCGCUCUGAGCGCUUCUACCGGCGUAUUUUGUCCUCUGUCUGGCUGAGGAAGAUGAAUGCAAUCGAACACCAUCGCAAGACAAGAUUUGUGCAGCGUUUCCAGCAAUUAAUCCGUCCUUUCUCUUGUAUCCCAGAACAACAACAAAAAGUGCUUGGCUUAAGGUCAAUAAAAAGUGGCAAUAUCAAACGAAGAA